AUGCAAGAGCAGCAAUACCAACAUCACCACAUUCCAUUGAUGCAAAUCAAGAACAUGUGGAGAGUCCAAGAAGAGAAGAUGAUUGGGCACUUGAAGCUUGGCUUGAGCAAGCUAUUCAAGAUAGAUGCAGCGAGUACUCAACUAACCAAGGAGUUCCUCUCCACAGUAGCUCUUGCCUUUCCCAACCACAAUGGAGACCAACCAGCUGGUGAUGGACUCCUACUUCUUCAAGAUAGGCGAUGCCAAUGGGCGCAUCUCCAUCUCAGCUCUAUGCCAACUCUUUGGACUUCCCAAUGA